AUGAAACCUCACUUCUUGUUGGGAAGCCUCGACGCCAAAACAGGUCUUCUCGACGAAGGUCCCACUCCCCGCUCGUCGAGGCGCGAGUCUUCAAGACGAUGCAAUACAAUAUACAUUCCAUCCGAUGACUCUAUCACUCCUACCGUCUUCAUGGGUCUUUAUAGUUCACCUAAGCGGCAAAUCAAAGACGCCAGCCCACAUAUCUCAGGGAAUAAUGAGGCCAACAGCUUCAAGUCACAGCUUGCUAGACGCCAGCCACAAAAGCCGUUGGCAAGAUCUACAUGGAGAGCUCCGCUCCAGCAAAGCUUGAAAGUUCUCCAGGCAGGGGCGACAACAGUUGAUGUCCCUGGAACAGGUGGCGGCAAAGAAAACAUCCCACCUGGAAUUUCUGCCAAUACCAACAACAAAAGCAAGAUGGAAAACCAUGCACCGAUGUCCAAGAUAGCCCGUCCAGUCGUACAAAACACAACUCCCAGAACACGCAUAAUAACCAAGCCCAAAGAAGUGCGAAAAGAGCCAUUGAUGCGAGUGGCUCCGGGUAAAGCCCAAGGGAAUGUCGUCAGAGUCCCCAAAAAGAUAGAAUUUUCAUCAUCGCUUGACAAUGCUUGGGCCUCUGCCUUAAUGCGUGCCUUCUCCGCCAUCGUUAUUCAACGGGCAUGGCGGUCUUCUAAAGAACGACGAAAUAAACACGCGUGUGAUAUCGCCACGGUCAGGGUAGAGGCCGCAUAUGAGGUGAUUACUCGAUGGUGGCGUGGCGUCAAAGCCUGCAAGCUGCAAGAGCAGACAGAGCAGGUGAAGCUGAAGGAGCGCACUGAACAAACUCUUCGACGCAAACCUGCUGGUCCGAGAUCGUCUGUUCGCCAGAGCCACCAAAAUUCUGGCCGGCGAGGUAUUCGGCGCCUCUAA